GGCCUUUAUGAAGAAGAAUGCCGCAAGUCGAUUGGCUUAGAAAAGAGCCUGAGCACCAAACAGAGCACUUUGAAUAGCACUGAAGAGAAGCUGAAGUCAGUCAAUGCCUCCCUUCAAGCUGCUUUAGCUAACUUCCAAAAGGAACACAAUCGCGUUCGUCUCGCCGACAAUCGGAUUAGCCAACUCGAACAGGAAGUUGAUACGCUCAAGAGGUCUGCCGGCGAACGUUGUGUGAAACUGGUCUCUUCCGCCCCUCUCGAUGCUUCGAAGAAGCCAGUUCCCGGGGAAUCAGCCCUGCAGACCAUUGUCAGUCAGACCUCCUCUCAGAUUGCUUCUGUCCGCCAACAGGCUCUUCAAGCUGAAAAGAUGUCCAGAGAGUUGCAUGCCUGCAAUCAGGGUUUACGCCUUUCACUAGCCGAGGCAGAACUCCGUUUGAUGCCUUCCGUCGUGGCCGCAUCUGUUGCCAAUGAUGGCCAUUACAGACAACUGGAUCGUGGUGUUGCCUCUACAGGCAUGAAAGAGGCCAAGACAGUCGAGGCCUUCUUCCCGACAAUAGUAGAACAAGGUGCUCCUGAUGAACUUCGUCGGCUGCAGUACUCUCUCUUGCGUCUUCUUCAUCUCGUUCUUGAUGCAGUAGGCUAUACGUCCGAGUCAACUUCUGAAGACGACGACAGCCUCAAUAAUCCUGCCGAAUUGUUGCGUCAUGGAAUGCAGCGCUCCGGCUCACCCGUUACCUGUCGGCCAGCUCGUCCGGCUGAAAUCGCUGAAUGUUUGCGUUCAGUUGAGGAUCAGAUUCAGAACAUCCUCGGCUCCUCAACACCUCUAACCGAAAGUGGGCACACAAAUUGCAGCACGCCGAAUCAUCGACCUGACUUGGAGGUCUUUGCCUCGGGUGUGUCACAGGCUCGUGAUGUGAUCCUCUCGGGAACAUGUGAUCCUGGCAUAAAAUCAACGGACAGUGCAAGCAAAGCCUGUCAAUGUUCUAUUAUCAACCAGCCUUUACCGGCCACUGGCAAUCAAACGGUGUCCCUCGAACGGUUUCGUCAUAUGUCAGCGCGGUGUCUGCGCAUGGAGUCCUACCGUCGCGCCUUGGUAUACCAGAAGCGCUAUCUCCUCCUCCUACUUGGCGACUUUCAGCACUCCGAACAGGUGGUCACCGCGAGUCUGGGCCGUGGCCUCCUAAUGGGCACCUCCUCUCGUCUGAUUGCGGCCGAGAAUGACACAGAUAGUCCCUGGCCUCUGGAUGUGCAUCCCAGCCUAGUUAGAUUCCGGGCUGCUGCAAGGGCUGCUCAGUUUGUUUACCGACAGUUGCCCACCACUGCUGACCGUCUCCAGGACCUCCAACGAAGACUGGAGACCUACGUCGGACCUCUCAGAGCUCCCAAAUUAGGAAGCACUAAGGAAAAGGAAACCACGCUUGAUGAACUAAUGCGAGUGAAUGAGAAAACUAACAAUAAUAUCCAACAGUUACAGUCAUUCGAGAGAUAA